AUGGCCACACCCACCAAAACCUUCACCCUCACCACCUCCUCACAGUCCAUCCACAUCUCAAAGGUCGCUCUGGCCAUAAUCAUUACAUUCAGUCUGGUCAGCCUGGUUGCUCUCACCAUCGCCUUGUGGAUUUUAUUCCGCUUCACCUGUUCACGUCGAGGAAGAAGGGCGGGCUACGCAAUCAAGGAUGGAAGGAACGAGCACACGCAAUGGUGGAAGCAUGCCAAUCCUCCUGCCGACUCGAACAACUCGUCAGAGAUGUCGUAUGUAGGCAUCAUACCCGCUCCCGAGUUGCUUCCCGAAGACGGCAAGAGGAGAAGUCGACACUUUGGGGAAAAGAGUGUUUAA